UCCUCUCGCUGCGGGGAGCUUCUUUGCAAGGCCGCGGCGGGGCCCGUAGUGGUCGAGCCGGCAGCAGCAGCAGCAGCAGCAGCAGCAUCGCGCCUCCAACAGGAACGGUGGGCCAGCGGCGGCAGCAACAGCACGAUGCCGUGAUCCAGGGCACCGACAACGACGCCGCCGUGUCGCGCAUGAGCGCCGUCGAGCUGGGCUACCUCGACGACCCGUUCGCCGCGCUUUUUGCCCAGCCGCAACCACACCCCUACCCCCACCCCCAGCAACAGCACCCCGCAGCCGGCCCCGGCCCGGCUGCCUUGCGGAGGCUGCCCAUCAUCAACCGCGGCACGUACGCGCGGACGGCAGCCAUCGACCGGCUGGUGACCCAGUUCCUCGCCGACACGGCCUCCGCGGAUGGCAGCAGUGGGGGGUUCCGACAGAUCGUAUCACUGGGCGCGGGCACCGACACGCGCAGCCUGCGCCUCUUUUCGUCGUCUCCGCCCUUCUCAUCCACUUCGUCACCCUGUUUCAACGCAGGCAUCAUCUACCACGAGAUCGACUUCCCGGCCAUCUGCGCGCGCAAGCUGCGCGCCGUGCGCGCCGCCCCGCAGCUACGGGCCAUUCUCUCCGAGCCCGAGACGUCGUCUGCGACUAUUACUAGUCAGCAAGAAGGCCAAAAUGCGGCACCGCCCGAGUGGUGGACCAGCCGCGGGCCCGGCGGCAGCGAGCUGUGGUGCCACGGCCUGGACCUGCGCGCGCUCGCCCUCGCGCACCAGCAGCGAGCAGAGCAACCAGGUGACGACAAUAAUGCCAACAGCUCGCUCAUCCGCGGGCUGCGCGCCGACCUCCCGACACUGCUCCUCUCAGAAUGCUGCCUGUGCUACCUGUCGGCAGCCGACGCGGGGGCAGUCGUAGGGUGGUUCGGCGCGCGCAUCUCGCCCGCAGCAGGGCUGGGGCUGGUGCUGUACGAGGCGGUGCACCCGGACGACGCGUUCGGGCGCAUGAUGGUGUCGAACCUGGCGGCGCGGGGCCUGCGCAUGCCGACGCUGGACGUGUUCCGGACGGGGGCGGACCAGGAGCGGCGGCUGCGGGCGGCGGGGUUCGACGAGGCGCGGCAGCUGACGGUCGACGCCGUGUGGGAGCGCUGGGUGGCGCCGGCCGAGAAGGAGCGCGUCGACGGGCUCGAGGGCCUCGACGAGCUCGAGGAGUGGAACCUGCUCGCCAGCCACUACAUUGUCGCCUGGGGCUGGAGGGGUUCUAGAUUCCGGCUCGUAGAACCUUAGGUAUAACUAAGUAGAAUAAAUAAGCAAAAUAAGGUAAUUAAACCAGUCAAAGGUCUUUCCAGUCAAUCUGACAAUCAGUCAGCCAUUGAGCUGCUAGAGAAGAAAAGGGCCUCAAAGAAAGG